CCGCGUCGCGCCUGACGGGGCCGCGCGCAGAGCAGGCGGCACCGGGGCAGCCUCUGAGAAGGACCCCGGAGCGUCGGCGUCGCCAUGGAGACCGGGCCGCUGCCGCCGGCCGCCGCCGCCAAGGAUGAGGCGACUACGGCGGUGGAUAGGUUCUCUCCUCUGGAGAUUCUGCAGCUAUCUGCUCUGCUGGAAGACUGCCUCGAUCAGCUUUCUAUUCUCGGAUAUAUCUUGCCAAGGUCCUAUGAGGGCAGGACAGAAAUCAUCCACAUGGAUAGCCAGGAAGUUAGUAAAAUCGUCAAGACCCAGAAGGAGCUGGGGAUGAAGUAUGAAGAACUUGUGUCGGCCAUGCCAGAGAAGGGCACAGGAAUUCCCUCUGAGAAAGCCAAGAUCAAUCAGCUGAGGAAGCAACUGCAAGAGACACGUGGAGACCUCCAACAGACCAACUUUUAUUUUAACAGCGCUGCAAAGCAGAGUGUUCUGUCCUCAGACAACAUCCGAAAAAUCCUGGAGGAUAUGCAGUAUGCCAGCCGGGUGAUUGCGGAGACCUUGCUGGAGAUAGAGACCUCAGGAACGUUUCAGAGCCUGCUACAAGCUGUGGAGAGAGAGAAGGAGAAGAAGAAUAACUUACACAACCUCAUCAUCAGGGAGGAGAAAGGAAGGAAGGAGAUGAAAUCCCUCCAGAAGCAGCUGCAAGAAGUCAAGAAAGAAAUGGAGUUAGAGCUUCAGAACCGCACUGAGAUGAUCGCCUACCUCAAAGACCAGCUUCAAGAGAUGAAGGCCAAAACAGACAUGGAGAGCCGCUACAUAAAGAAGAACACGGAGCUCCAGGUCUUCCAGACCCAGAAGAAAUGCGGCGAUGUGGAGAACGACCUGUACAGUGAGAUCGAGAUGCUGAGGACCAAAACCGACGAGGAGGUCAGAACCCACAUGGAAAUUGAAAACUUCCUCAAGGAGCAGCAGCUGCUGGAAGAGAAGCUGGAGUACUGGAUGGAGAAGUAUGAGAAGGACACAGAAGCCAAACAGCAGGAGCUGAACGCUCUGAAAACCUCCAAGGCCAACAAUUUAGCGAUGCUGCAGGACCUCGCCCGGCAGUGCCGCCUGUUCGAGCAAGUCAUCCUGGAAGACCGGGUGGAGAAGGAGGCGGCCAGGCAGAAGAUGGAGAGGGACGCCCUGGAGCUCAAGAGUGUCUUGAAGCUGCAGGCCUGGUGGAGGGGCACGAUGGUGCGCCGGAGCCUGGGCCCCUACAAGGUCAUCGUCAAGAAGGCACCGGAGGGGAAGGCGAAGGGCAAAGACAAAGGGAAAAAGGAGGCCAGAGUGAAGAAGUGACAGCGACGUGGCCCCGCACCGGCUUUGGCUGCUGGUCCUGGAGGCCUCGGCUGAGAUGGAAGAAAAGAUUGCUGCUGUGCAUGAGGAGGGAGAAAUAAAGCAUGGGCAGAGCUCAGUG